AUGACAAUCUCCAUCUUGCGGGACUCCUCACCACGUAACAACAGAAGAGAAUAUCAACGGCCUCACUCAAAGUGGAGGGAAAGGGAGCAACUUUCUCUCAGCCCGGCUCAUAUGGAUCUAUACUUCUCUGUCGUGGAGAAACGGCUUGCCACUUCUAUCGCAUUCGUCUGGGUCUUCUAUCGUUUCGGCAUGGCGGUGGUCAAACUUCUCCGCAAAUAUCUCAAUCGUUUCGGCUGUUUGUACCUUUACGUUUCGACGAACAACGAACGAAAUGCAUAUCAAUAUGAUGUUGAACAUCCCCAAUCCAUGUUCUUGCCAUUCCAUGCGUCGACAGUUGCAUGCAUUGUUUCGAAAUCCGUCCAACAGCAAUACGCCUGUGGUAAGCUCUCCGACAAACAAACUCCAUAUCCACCGAAUAUCAGGGACAAAUCCUCAAUAUUCCACAUUAGAGUAUGCGUGGGAACAAUACGACAAUGCACAACGUGGGCGACCAAGCUUGAAUGGUUCAUCGCGCAGGGUGGAGAGGCUGGAGAAAACUACAACAUCAAUUUCUCCUCCGCCCUCACAUUUACAUAUCGUCAGCUUGUGCUUUCAAAUGGAACCGUUAAUGUGGCAUGGAUUGUGUCAGCACAAAAACUGUUGAGAGCGAAUCUUGAUUUCAUGUCGGUGGGCGAGAAAAUCUAUCUCAUUUAUAGCAAAAAGGACAAACAACAGCACGAACAACAACAUCAACGUAAACCACUACUUCUUAUCAUUAUCAUCAAGUCAAACGCCUCAAUCCUCAUCCCAAUUAGGGUUCUGUCCCGGCGGCUUCGGCCCGCCCGCCUGUCGCGCCACAAUAAUCUGAUCAACCGACAACACCGUCCGCGAGGCCUCCGUCGCCAAUCUGAUAGCCCAUGCCUUCGACACGAGCAAGUCAAGGAUUCCAUCAUCGACUGCAUUGACGGUUCCCGCUGA